UGUGAUAAGCAUUCCCGUAGAAUAUUUUCAAAAAGAUUUUCUAUUUUUCGAAAAGCUUAUGAAGGAGAGAUUUUUUCAACGGAGAGAGAGACGUAAUUUUUGAGAACCAUUUCGAAAUAUUAUAGAAAAUCGCAUUUUUGAUUUGACACUUUUUUGAGCCGUUUUUAAUUACUUGGGAACACAGCAAUUAUGAGACGAGACAUUUUUCUGUCAUCCAACUUUGAUAAGAGAAAUUUAGGAAAAAGAAUGAAUCGAAUUUUUCUUAAUUGAAUCUAGAAAUAGGACUUAUUUCAGAGCAUGAAGAUCCUGAAUAUUUAAGAACAAGCCAUGCAGAUCCUAAAUUUUUGAUAAAUUUGAGGCAAUCAUUUUGUUUCCACCACCAUCUCUGAACUUAACUUUCAAGAUGACUGAAUCAUCCUUUGGAACUGAUUACGUUACAGUGCUUUUCAAUGACACUUUUCAAACAGCACUGACAAUGAUAAGCGACCCGGUUAAUGAUUCACUGUCUUCUAUCACAACCAAUAUAACAGAAUCAGAAGAAGAAGGUACAACUUGGGAAUCGCAAGUUACUCUGGCACUAAAGACGAUGGUAGUCACUACAAUCAUAGUCUGUGCCAUUUUCGGUAACAUUUUGGUGAUUUCCAGUGUUUAUCGAAAUCACAAGCUGCGAAUCACAACAAAUUAUUUUGUUGUAUCUUUAGCUUUCGCUGACACAUUAGUGGCUCUGUUAGCUAUGACCUUUAACGCCAGCCACAUGAUUGCUGGCAAAUGGCUCUUUAAUCAGACUGUUUGCGACUUCUGGAACUCAUGUGACGUACUUUUUUCCACCGCAUCCAUCAUGCAUUUGUGCUGCAUCAGUGUUGACAGAUACUACGCCAUUAUUAAGCCACUCGAGUAUCCAACUAAGAUUACAGGAAGAUUGGUAGCCAUUAUGAUUGCAUCUGUAUGGUUCAGCUCUGGCCUCAUCAGCUUCAUACCAAUUUUCUUGGGCUGGUACACCACUGAUGAAUACCUUCAGUCUCGUGACUUGAAUCCUGAUGUUUGCGACUUCAGAGUCAACAAGCCCUAUGCUAUCAUCUCGUCAAGCGUUUCUUUCUGGAUUCCAUGCUUCAUAAUGCUUUUCACCUACUAUAAGAUCUAUGUCGAAGCUGUUCGCCAAGAGAAGUUCAUGUGCAAACAUCAAGUAGGCCCGGCUAUGAUGCAUAACAGCGCUCGAAACAGCACCGACCAUUCCAUGGCUCCCAACGUACAUGCACCACCCCAUCGCAAUUCUCAUGGCGAUGAUCCGGAGAGUGGCCAAUCGACCCCGACCAAACGAAGCAUUAACAAGAUGAAGAGAGAACAUAAAGCGGCCAAAACCUUGGGAAUCAUAAUGGGGGCUUUCAUCCUUUGCUGGCUACCUUUCUUCCUCUGGUAUGUCUCGAUCAGCAUGUGUGGCGAUGCUUGCUAUUGCCCGGAAAUUGUUGUCCAAGUUCUCUUCUGGAUCGGCUACUUCAACUCUUCUCUGAAUCCCAUCAUCUACGCUUACUUCAACCGGGACUUCCGUGAGGCUUUCAAAGACACGAUCCAAACCUUCAUUUGCUGCUGCUGCAAAGUACCAUGCUUGCAAAGUGAGAGGGCUAAGGCCAUGCACUUCAACUGUGCUUACAGAUCGACUCAGGACAUUGGACUUGUGGAGAACAAGUACGUCAGAGACUGAGAACUUUCAGAGGCAUUCGAAGAGAGAAAACAUAUGAAGAUAUGAUGAAAAAUUGUAUCAUACUGGGUCGGAACCUCAGACGAAGAACGCAGAGAACGAAGCCCAGUACUUAGACGACGAUGCGGAACAUCUUCAAGAACCAGAUUCUCAAGAAAUUUCGUUCCAAGCUUCAAUCUUGGGUCUUGUGUAAAUAACAUCAGAGUAUGUAGACUUUACUUGAUAGCAUCUGGCACCUACAAUUCUUCAAGCAGAUGCCGACUGCAUAUUUCAGUUGAUUUUGCAUGCUAUGUUCGUGUAUCUUUGAUGUAGAUGUUAACUAACUAUCACCCGAAAGCGUUAGCGUGAAUUAAACUUUUUUUUUCUGUAUAUAAUUAGAAAAAUUUUGAGCUGGAGGACCGGAAAAUAUGUUUGUGGGUUUUUUUUGCCUACUCAAUGUGAUAUUUUAAUCGUGCACCUAAUUCAAUGUUUAAAGACGAGGAUAGAAUUUGUGUCAAUGCAAAUCCUCGUGCAUGUAAACCAGUAGUAUGAUCUCUAAGUAUUUUGUAUAUUUUGUCUUGUAUAGUCGUUCUAUCGUCAAGGACCGAAAAAGAGAAUGUGCAUGUAAUGCUCACUAACUCAUUUAAAGCUUAAUUCCUAAAUUCUAUUUUGAAGGCAGAAUUUGGUUAAUGGCUAAAAAGCAAAAAUAUUUUUCUUAAAUCAAUUCUACAUAUAUAUUUAUUGCUUUUAUAUCAUUUUAUAAAAAGCGACACAUAAUCUGAUGUAGAAAGUAAAAUCUCCCUUUGAUGUGUUAAUAUAUUGAUGUGUGUUUCAUUCAUCAAUUGAUUCGAUGUCAAACUGUAUGUUGUUAGUGAGUCUUAGGUGUUAUGUUGUUCACUCUCUGAUUUCAGAUGUUGCAAAAUUUCUCUGUGUAUUGACUGUUACAAUAUAUGUGAGAAAAUAUUUGUAAUUCGUGAGAAAUAAAGAUU